GCGCGGCUUCCUUGAUCUUGAGAACAAAGCCACCAUGUUCAACCGCAACGCGCUGUUCGGAGGCAGACAAGAAGCACCACCAGGACAACGACAACCCAUCCGACCCGAUCAGCCUACUCCUCCGCCCUCUCAGCGACGCUCGCCUUACGAUCAAGAGCCGAAGUACGAUUCGCAUCCCCCGCAACCACAACACCAAGCAAGGAGAAUGCAGCUCCAGCCAUGCACCUCCCCAAAAGAGUUGAUCUUCGCAAAUGCAUGCGGUGUCAGUCCGCAGGAUUUUGGGACACCGCGAGACGGAGGUGAUCUGUACCUGCUCAUCAAUCGACAGUAUGUACUGUCUGCGCGGCCUCAUCCGCACGUGCAAAGAGGACAAAUUGGCAUGAACGACUUUCAGAGAACGUGGAUGCAGGUCGCUCUGACCGACAUCGUAGAAGCAGAACCAUACGAUCCGUUCACGCAAGGAAGUCAAGCCUAUCUAGGCAAUAUGGAUAUUGAAAUCGGGUUUGCAACGAGCAAGGUACCACAAACACCACCUUUAGACCAGGAUGAGCUGGCAGCAGGCGUAUACAACGUGUUCAGGAACCAGAUUUUCGCCCCAGGACAGAGCUUCGGCAUGGACUUUCGAGGUCUUAAAUUCCGAUUGACAGUGCGGACGGUGGAGCUUGUGGACCUGAAAUCGCUGAAGUCCUCCGGAGGCCAAACGCAGCAGACUCAUCCCGAAGCAAGAGGCAUCCUCACUCAAGAGACCGUGAUCAAUUUCUUCAAGGAUGCAAAGUCUCCAAUCCAGCUCAAAGGCUCGACCAGACGCCCUGCGGCCAACUCGGUGAUCCGACCGGAUUUUAAGUUUGAAGACAUGGGAAUUGGUGGUCUCGACAAGGAGUUUAGUGACAUCUUCAGACGUGCUUUCGCAAGUCGGAUAUUCCCACCAGGCCUUGCAGAAAAGCUUGGAAUUCAGCAUGUACGCGGUAUUCUGCUCUAUGGACCUCCGGGUACUGGAAAAACGCUCAUUGCACGACAAAUCGGCAAGAUGCUCAAUGCCAGAGAGCCCAAGGUCAUCAACGGUCCCGAAGUACUGAACAAAUAUGUUGGACAGUCUGAAGAGAACAUUCGAAAGCUCUUUGCAGACGCAGAAAAAGAGCAGAAGGAGAAAGGAGACGAAUCUGGGCUGCACAUCAUCAUCUUCGAUGAACUGGAUGCUGUGUGCAAGCAGCGUGGCUCAGGCGCUGGUGGAGGUACUGGCGUUGGAGACAGCGUGGUCAAUCAGCUUCUCUCCAAGCUGGAUGGUGUGGAGCAACUCAAUAAUAUUCUCUUGAUCGGUAUGACAAACCGAAAAGAUAUGAUUGAUGAGGCACUUUUGCGAUCUGGACGUCUGGAAGUGCAUAUGGAAAUCAGUCUACCAGAUGAGCCGGGUCGCCAGCAAAUCCUGAAGAUUCACACCACGAAGAUGCGAGACAAUGGCAAGCUCGCGAGCGACGUGAACUUGGCCGAACUGGCGAAGCUCACGCGCAAUUUCUCUGGAGCUGAAAUAAGUGGUCUGGUGAAGUCGGCCAGCAGUUUUGCGCUCCAGAGGCACAUCAAGGGCGGCACAGUCGCAGCACUUUCGGAUGAUAUCAACGAGAUGCAAAUUCAUAUGCAGGACUUCCUUAAUGCCCUUGAGGAGGUGAAGCCACUGUUUGGUGUCAGCGAAGACGUUCUUGCAGACUGCGUGGAAGGUGAGAUCAUUCCCUAUGGACCACAAGUGGACAGAAUCCUGGAAAGUGGACGCCUCUACGUGGAGCAAGUUAGAAGCGGAGCAACCAGAGUGCACUCUGUGCUCCUGCACGGACCCACUGGAAGCGGAAAGACUGCUCUGGCAGCUACUAUUGCUGUGAGGUCAGAAUUUCCGUUCAUCAAACUCGUCCGGCCUGCGGAUGUGGUCGGGAUGAAUGAGAUGCAGAAGAUCCAGCAUCUAAGCAAGGUCUUCACGGACGCCUACAAGUCACCCUUGAACUGUCUGGUACUGGACGAUAUUGAGCUCCUGGUCGAUUGGGUACCCGUAGGGCCACGUUUCUCCUCAUCAGUACUUUCAGCAAUCAAAGCAUUGAUGAAGCAACCGCCACCGAAGGGUCGCCCACUGCUCAUUCUAGCGACUACUUCUCAACGCUCAAUUUUGCAGCAGCUCGAACUGCACUUCGGCUCUCACAUCGCUGUCCCGACACUACAGUCUCAGCAAGAGCUUGCCGCGGUCAUGCAACAUUCCAGGCAGUUCAAAGAAGACGACGUUCGCCGUGCGAUUGGCGACAUUGAAGCUACUUCAGGUUCCAAGAAAAUUGGAGUUGGCAUUUCUCAAAUCUUGUUGGCGAUCCAGACGGCUAUGCAAGAUCCUGAUAGGGCUGGCAGAUUCUCUGAGCUCAUCUGUGAGGCGAUUAAUGAUAACAUUGCUUAUUAGAUGAUUUGAUCGACCUCAUAGAAUGGAAAGCCAUCGCAUCGAUGCAGAUUCAAGCGAUUCGAAUCCAUAUUCAGCUUAGAAAUUCAUAUCGGAUGGCAAAAAUAACAAUCGCCUUUAGCUCAACAAUCGACGUACCUACCGAUGGCCGAUGCAAGUCUCGAGGUUCGAACUUGAGGAUACAUUGAUUGGAUGCUUUUGGCGUGUGUGCUAUGCAUGUGAAAGCAUCUUAUUGCGCCUUAAAUGCUGGGGUUAGCUCUAGUGAAACGAUAAAAGCAUUCAUGUCUCGGUCGUAGCCAAGUCGACAUGGUCGUGUACUGGAGCAGCGAGUUGGUCCAGUUUGUCUCCACUCGGUUAAUCAUGACUGGUUGGGAUGAUGGGAAUGGAUGCCAAGAUAUUGCUGUUAAUUCCCUCCAUCCUCGUUCCUCCCUAUAUACUCGAUACGUCACAACCGGAUC